CCUAUCGCCAAGAUCAAGAAGGAUUCGCAGUUUACGUGGAAGACGGUUGCGGACCGGAUGAAGGUAGUCGGGUUGGAUCCGUAUCGAAUAGACCUCGACGAGCCGACGCUGAGGUUCAUGUUUAACCGCUACUACUUACAUAACCUCUACGGAGGGAGCUUCGUCGACACGUUUCCCCACCCGGCACCACAGAAGGCCCAAGUUCACCUGCUCAGCGACUUUAUGUGUCUUGUCCUCGAGCUCAACCCGCACGCACCGGUCAACCCCGGCGACCCCGGCUUGUUCUUCGGAACUAGGCGCGCUGACGGUGAAGGUGAUUUCGAACGCAGUAUCUUUCGUGUAUUCGUGAGGGUGCAAGACAAACCUGCACUCUGGGGUUACAUGGGUCAGUACCGGAUGUACGUUUCGGAGUCUCUGACCUCAGAUGAGUUUGCUCUUCAACCCCUCGCAGUACGAAGGACGUGGGGGCAGGACAUCCUCGAGAAGUCCUGGGGAGAUGUUGUUAUGUUCAGGGUGGGGUUUCGCAAGGAACAUCACAGAGAACCAUCCAGGGAUGAGAUCUCUGCGGUCGUCGAAGACAAAGAUCGUGUAGUUGCAGCACGCCGCAAGGUCACGUGGGAAGAUAUCGUUGCUGCAUACGAGAGAGGAGAAGAGGCGAUCGGUGUAUGGGCAAUGAAGUGCGUCAGCUACGACAUCCAGUUCCAACGUGUCCUCGCGAGGAACUACAAAUAUUUCACUCCGCCGAAGGGAAAGGCGAGGGGAAAGUCAAAACAUUCGGACGCUCUGAAGGCGAGUCGGAAGCGCAAGCGGGGUCUUCCGAGCCAGAGACACCGGAGCCAAAACUGGAGUAUGACAACGGCGGCGAUGAUGUCGAUUUCGAUGCGGAGGCCGUCGAAUGAAGGACCUCAAGUCGAGGAGGAUGCUGACAUGCACGACGAGCCGAAGGUCUCGCCGUCUCAGCGAACUGUCGCGAACCCGAUCAAGUCCGAGUAG